GAUCUGGCUAUUUCGGUAAUUUCCUGCUGCGAUUCGUAGAUAUUUGUACCGAACUACACACUUAAAUUUGACAUCAGCUCGGCAAACCCCUCACUCUAAGAAGAAUUGUACGAUGUUUCUGAUUGACUCCGGAUCCGUUUCGUUCAGCAGACCGCUUCUUGUGUUUUCAAAGGAUAUUUUGUACCGAUAGAUUGUACAAUGUGUGCCUUUAUGUAAGUGAACCAGCCAAGAUACUACAAUAGUUUUCAUUCAUUGGAACACGGUUUGUCUCUCCCCUGUGUCUGGAUCCGUUCCUGUUCAUUGAAUACCGAAAGAGAAGAGAAAGAUAUUUUAUCCCGCUGUUGGACCAAGCUCACCAUCAUUGAUCUUGUGUGUUGUGGGGCUAGUAGUAGUAGCGAUUCUACUAGCAAAAUGGCCUACCCGCGUGUACUGGCCAAAGCUCUAUACGAGAAUGUGGCUGAAGCCCCAGACGAAUUAGCAUUUCGCAAAGGCGAUGUAGUGACAGUGAUUGAACAGAACACCAAUGGUUUGGAAGGAUGGUGGUUGUGUUCCCUGAAUGGCAGACAGGGCAUUGCACCAGGAAACCGGUUAAAGUUACUAGCAGGAAUGUACGAUAAUCCGCAUGAGUUGCGGAAAAUGAUGGGAAAAUCACCUCAGCAACAAGGGACCUGGGGUAAAUCACCUACCAAGACACCAACACUGCAGAGACCCAGACACCUUUUUUAUCAAGGUGGAACUGUCAAUACUAGUCAAGAUGAAGGCGAGGAUUAUGAUGUGCCACCAACAAGAUAUCCACCAAAUUUUCAAAUGACUUCAGCUGACUCACAGGAAAUGUACGAUACACCACGAAGCAUGGCAGUACAACAAGAAUCCCCCGAGCAAGAGCUGUAUGAUGUACCCCCCAGCCAUCACCUGGAAGGAAAUUUACCGACUGAGAUUUAUGAUAUACCACCAAGUCACGGUUACCCAACGGAGCUGUACGACGUCCCACCCAGUCAUCAUCCUACUGAACCUUAUAACCAUUCACAAAGUCAUAUUGGUAAAAUACCAACUGAAAUGUAUGAUGUCCCACCAAGGCAUGACUUUCCUGCUCAGGGGUCAUACCCAGAGGAGGUGUAUGAUGUACCUCCUGAGCAUAUUAAGUCACUUAAACCAACGAAGACGACAGCGUUACCGGAUCAUUUGGAAGAAGACUAUGAUGUGCCAAAUCCAUUCUCUGAUGGUUCAGAAACAUAUGACGUUCCACCUUCAGUUAAAGGUGGACAGUACCCAGAGGAGUUUUAUGAUGUUCCUCCGAAACAUCUUGCGGCUGAUUUAUAUGAUGUCCCGAAAAGUAUGGGAGUUGUAACGGUUAACAAAAAUGACAACGAUGACGAUUAUGUUUAUGACGUACCGCCUCAGGUUACUCGAGACAGGCAAGAUGUGAUUGGUACACCUGGUACCCAGUCCAUCAUAACUAAUGUCAAUAGCAGUAUGAGCGGACUUUCAGUUAGCGAAUGCAAAUUACUGCCAGCCAGGGAAUUGAACAUUGAUUUAGAUGCUGCAAUGGACAUGUUAGUAAAAUUACAACAGCGAGUUGCAUCUUCAGUAUCACAUUUACUGAGUUUUGUUAGUAGCAGCUGGAGGCGGAGAUCUAGUCUUGAGCCGAAGAUUUAUGAAAUCAGAGCUGCAUGCAACGAAAUUAAAACAGUUCUACGGGACAUAAUAGAAUUUGGACGAGGUGCUGCUGUUAACUCGGCCAAAGCUACUGAUUAUAAUUUGCAAAGAAAGCUGAAAAACAUGUUGCAGCCUUUAGAAGACACUCUGAUUGUCAUCAGUAAGUCUUGGGAUGCUUUAGAAGAUAUAAAUUGGCAGGUCACUAAAUUAUGCAUGACGGAAAGCCUGAAGACUCCCGAUGAUUUGGAUCAGAUUGUGAUGUGUGCCCGCAGCAUGCCCGAUGAUACCAGGCAAUUGACUUCAGUGAUUCAUGGUAACUCAAAUUUGAUAUUCAAACGAGCCAGACAGAAUAGCAAUUCUCCUGUUCAAUGUCGCCCGCUUCCUAACCCACCAGGAUCUGUCGGGCAAAUCGCAAGGGUUUCACCAAGGGUAUCGCCUACUGCAAGCCCGAUUCCCUCUAUGAAACUUAAAUCCAAUUGGAUGAAAAAUGAAGCUGAGAAAGAGAUGCCGCUGGCAAAGGAGCAAAUUCAGACCCAACAGUUGGCACACGAACCUGGAAAACCAACAGGUUCUCCAGAAAAGUCAGAAAAAGCUCAUUACGGGAAAGGUUGGCUGGAUGACUAUGAUUAUGUGCAUUUAGAAGGAAAAGAAGAGUUUGAAAAACGACAAAAAAAAAUCCUGAAUGAAGAAGGUGAUGUUGUGAAACAGGAACAGCUACAGCAGCACCAGAAAAAACAAUUUGAAGCACUUGAGAAAGAUGCUACGAAAUCAGUCGAUAUUGAUCCAUCUAAGUGGACACCCCCUCAAAGCAAUAGACAAUCAAUUUUAGCAGCCAAUGAUAAACAUCUUUUAACAUUCUAUGCAGAUCAAAUGAACGAGUUGGCAACAUCUUUGAACAAUGCCAUUGAUGCCUUUUUCAAUGCUGUAAAAACCAACCAACCCCCAAAGAUGUUUGUAGCUCAUGGCAAAUUUGUGGUACUCUGUGCUCACAAGCUCGUAUUUAUAGGUGACACGCUGUACCGAAAUAUUAGCAACACUGACGUGCGAAACAAAGUUAUGCACUGUACUGACUGUUUAUGCCAAUGUCUGAAGGUCACUGUUUCGGCCAUCAAAACGGCUGCACUUCAGUAUCCAUCCAUCCAAGCCAUACAGGAGAUGGUUGAUCGGGUUAGUGACAUUUCUCACGGCUCACAAAACUUAAAAUCUAUGGUGUUUCAGUCAGCUUCGCUGUAAUGUCAAGCCUUAUAAUCUAAACACAUUUCGGAUUUUAACUAUAAUAUUGUAUAAAAAAUGGAUAGACGGAGCGGUGUUAAGAUUGUAUCAUUUGCCAUGUGACACAGAAA